AAUAUUUAUACUUUCAGUGUGUGUAAGAACUUUGACCCUGUCAGACCCAACAAAAUGUCUUCUCUUAUUCGAAAAAUCAUAAGCACGUCAAGAGCCCCAAAAGUCGUAGCACCUUAUAAUCAGGCUGUCCUUCUAGACCGAACUCUUUACGUCUCUGGAGUCCUCGGCCUUGACAAAAAUACCUUGAAACUGGUUGAAGGAGGAGCAGCAGCUGAAGCUAGACAAGCUCUAACAUGGCUAGGAUACAUUUUAGAAGACUCUGGUUCGUCUUAUGAGAAGGUCAUCAAAAGCACGCUGUUUUUGGCAAAUAUGAAUGACUUUGCUGACGUUAAUGUGGUUUAUAAGGAGUUUUUUAAGAGCAAUUUUCCGGCACGGUCUGCCUUUCAAGUGGCCAAGCUCCCCUUAAACGCAAACGUGGAAAUUGAAGUGAUCGCAGCCGUCGGUGACGUCACUCAUAUGUCCUCUACAGUGUAACCAGAGAACAUAGAGAAGCGUCAUAAUUUAAAUUAAAUGACGGUUGAGGACUCCUCGACUUAUGUUGGCAACAGUGUUUGUUUAUAACUAUAAAAUUAACUACAAUAGAAAAAGUGUCAUAAUAUUUUUAA